UAAAAUUAAAUGAAAGAAAAAAAAGUGUAAAAACAACGAAAAACACUUCAUUGGAAGAUUUUUAAAAGAACUUAUUUGUUUGGUAGUGAUGUUAAUCGAAGUUCUCGUCGAUAGGAUCGAUGUAAAAAAAAAAAAUUAAAAUUCAAGAUGAAAAAUGGCACCGGCGAUGAUAAAACAUGCAUUCUAAGGAAACAAGGAAAAAAAAAAGAGAGGAAAAAGGGAUAAUCAUAAUAAUAUAAUAACAUAAUUAAAAUAUCGAUACUCGGUGGUUGCAAUUAACAAUAACAAAAAAAAAAAAAAACAAAAAAUAUAUGCGCAUCUUUCUUGAUGUGCAUAUACAUUUCAAUGACAAAGGAAUACAAAAAAAAAAUACAUUUAUAUUUUUUUAUUCUUUCAUCCCCAUCGAACGAAAGACAACACAAGGGUGAAUUUAAUUUCCAUGAUGUCUGAAACAUCAAAAAAAAAAAAAAAGAAAAAGAAAAAGAAACAAAAAAAAUUGAUACCUAUCGACAAUAUGAGAAAGAUAGAUCAAUUGUGAUAAAAAAAAAAAGUUAAUACGAGUCACGAUAUUGAAGACGUCGUGUGUGUUGACAAUUAAUCAACAUAGUUGCAAUCCUAUGGAUGACAAAAAUGAACACGUACUUUAGUGUGCAUAUAUACAUGUACACACUAUCGAUAUUUACAUCCUGGUUCGAUCGUUGUGGAAACAAAAUAAAAAAAAAAAAUAAAAAACGAUUAACACAAUGAAAAUAAUGUUGUCUUCUAAUAUGACGAAGACACAACUUCCUUUUCAAGCCGUCCAAACGUAGGAAAAAAUUUUCUUCUUGAAGAUAAUACAAAAAAAAAAAAAAAAAAAUAAAAAUAAAUAAAUAAAAAAUAAAAUAAAAUGCAUCACGAAAAGUAUCGAUUCGCAUAUUUUUUCUUGGUUUUUGUUUCUUUUCAUUAUUUCUAUCUCUCUUUCUCUCUUUCUCUAGUUCUUUKUUUUCUUCAACCAUUUUAAAACUCGAUUAUCGAAAAAUAAUAAUCGUAAUCGAUUAUUCACAGACCGUCCUCACGUGAUGAAGAAAAAGUUUGCAAUGUUGCACGAUUGAUAAAAUAUUUUUAUAAUUAAUUAAACAAAACAAAAAAAAAACAAAAAAUCAUUGAUAUACGAAAAACGUGUGAGGAAAGGGGUUUUUUUUUUUUUAAAUCGUCAAUCGAAGAUACGCCAUUUUGAAUCUGCCACGUUGGAAGAUCUUUCAAAAUAAAGAUUCGAAUGAUAUGUUGAAAAUUGUGAUCGUUCUUUUGAAAUCGUACGACAUUUUUCGUACGAUUCUUCAAAAAAAUAUUUCAAUGAUCCAUCUGAGAAGGAUUAUGGUUUUUUUUUUUUUAAACUACCUGAAGAUAAUUAAAGAAAAAAACACGAAUGGAGGAGACAAGAAGAUUCAAAGGAUUCCUUCGAUCGGAGGAUAUCCACAGGGCUGGGAUUGGAGAUAGACAAGAUGGACCAGCAGUAUUGCCUACGGUGGAACAAUCACCCAGCCAACCUUACCGACGUACUCAGUUCACUACUUGCCAGAGAGGCACUUUGUGAUGUUACCUUGGCUUGUGUUGGAGAAACAUUUAAAGCGCACCAGACAAUACUCUCCGCAUGUAGUCCUUACUUUGAGACUAUUUUCCUUCAAAACAAUCAUCCACAUCCAAUAAUAUUCUUGAAGGAUGUCAACGAUACAGAAAUGAAAGCGCUGCUGCACUUUAUGUAUAAAGGAGAAGUUAACGUAAGCCAGCAUGUCUUACCAAUGUUCCUCAAAACAGCUGAGGCGUUACAAAUCAGAGGCCUCACAGAUAAUAGAGUAAAUAACAAGACCGAAGAAAAAAGUCCUUCUCCUGAACCAGAAGCACAGACUGGUAUCAGGCAUACAGAUUCGCCUAAUCUUCAGUCUCACCCUGAAAAGAGGAAAAGAAAAUUUUCUGGCAGCUAUGACAUUUCACUUACUGGGCCUCCUAGUGAAAGAUUCUUGUCUGACUCUCAGGUAUCUUCGCAAUGUAAUUAUAAAUCAAGUCCGCCUGUUAUUCCAAAGGUAAAUAAUGCCCUGGGAACAGAAUUAGAAGAUGGUAGUCGACCGAUGUCUCCUGCUUCGCAACCACAAGCUCCUAUCAAGCAAGAAUUAGACCAUCACUUAUCAGAUUUCCAUGACAACAUAUCUCUCCCAACUAAUGUGGAGUGGAUAGUUCAAAGGGAUGGGAAGAGUGACGAAACAAUGGACGUACAGAACAUGACUUCCAAUCAUCCAGAUUCAACUGUGAUGCGAGUUUCACGAGAAAGUACCAUCAUGGCUGGAGGUUCUUUAUGUAUCAAUGUGUCAGGAACUUUGCGAGAAUUUGAAGAUCAACAUAGCUCUUUGCAAAAUCGUGUAUUUCCUUUUCAAUCACAACAUUCUGAAUAUGACAAUGUAGAGCCCAAUUUUCAGUAUAAUACGUCUUUGUCAGAUUAUAGUGAAACUGUUAAAUUGUCAUCGAUUAAUAACAAUGAUCUAUCAAGAUCUAUGAGAGUAAAUAAUUUGCAAAAAGAAAUGUCGGUGAUACAGUCAACUAUGUGUAACACUUCACAACGUAAUAUUUUUCAAGGUAGAAGGGCUGGUAAAUUUAAACUUAAUUGGUUAAACGCAUAUCAAUGGCUUCAAUAUGACAAACAAUCAAAUCUUAUGUUUUGCAAGUAUUGUAGAAAAUGGAGCAAUUCAAUUCCAGAAAUACGUACUUCAUUUGCUGCUGGGAAUGGCAAUUUUAGAUUAGAAAUUAUAAAUCAUCAUGAUAAAUGCAAGGCUCACAAGCUAUGUGUAGAUAAAGAAAGUGGUACUAAAGAAAGUUAUUCGUAUAUUAAAAGCACUUGUUGAAUACUUCCAUCUACUAGCAUUCUUUUUGUAAUUUCAUUUGUGCUUGUCAUUUU